AUGUCUGGCUUCGCCGGCUAUGGCAAGAUCCCCCUGGGCAGCUGCCGUGCCAGCGAUUCCGGGGGUGACUGGUGUGUCACGGAGAAGAUCCAUGGAGCGAACUUCUCCGUCCACAUAGAGAGGUCUGGCGCACUGCACUGUGCGAAGCGAACUGCGUUCCUCAAAGAGCACGAGGAUUUCUUCGGACAUUACCGGAUGCUGAGCCGAUACCGAGCCCAGUUCCUGGGCCUUGCGAGAGAUGUGUUCGAGAAUAUCGAAACUUCCUCUGUCGCGCUUUUUGGCGAGCUCUGCGGUGGGAAGUACCCACACACAGGAGUGCCGGAAGAGCCCCACAUGCGGCCAGUGCAAACUGGUGUGUGGUAUAGCCCCGUGGUUGAGUUUGUCUUGUUUGACAUCCGGCUUUCCCGGGCGGGCGGCCGGUGCUUCAUGGCCUUCAAGACUGUAGCGGAGCUGGCUGAAAAGCACAAGCUUCCAAGUGUGCCGGUGCUUCUCGUCGGCCCUCGUGGGGACUGCGCCAACUUCAACCCGAGAUUUGCAUCCCAAGUCUUUGCUGCCUUCGGUCUGCCA